CCCACCAUAGGUCACAUGGAUGUGAUCUUCUCACAGUACUCAGGCGUGCAGCAGCAGGGACGUCAGGGGAAGUGGCUCAUCUCAGCCGGAGUUACUUCUCCAGUCCUGGGCUGCGUGACAGCAGGACAGUCCUCUCGUGUCUGGGUGGAGGAGCCGGGCUCAAUCAAUGGUUUCACAGGACAGACAAUCACCAUGUCCAGGGGCUCCUUCGAGCUGGAAUUUCUGUACCGGGUUCCCUCUCAGGUCAUGUACAGCUUCUACCAGAUCAUGGACUCGCUGGAGGAGAGGGACUGGAAAAAGUUUGCUUCUAUGAUCAUUCAAGAUAUGACUGAACUCCGGCUCCUGGAGCAGCAGGCAACGCGCUCUCGCACAGAGGGAGUCGUUUGGACGUGGAUUAAUAGGAAUGCAGUGGUGGGGGAUCUGCUAUCUAUCCUCAGGUCGUUAAACUUGUUACGGGCCCUUGAUGUCUUCGAAUCUUGGGGAUCAAGCUACAUGUCAGAGAGCACACAGAACUUCUCUAAGGCAAAACCUUUACCUUUUCCUCCCCCAUAUCCGUAUCCAGACCCUGAAAGCGCACCCCAUUUCCAGAUGCCCCAGCCAAUAACAGAGAUCUUCUCACAGACAGAGGCUACUAUGCCUUCAGAUCUACCUCAGCCAUUGCCUCUUCCCGGGUCCCCUCCAAAAGAACUCAAUGACAGCAGCAUCUGCUCAUCCCACACCUCCAGCACAGGGAGAAGCAGUGAUUGUUCUAGCAGCCUAAUCCAUUCUUCAGUGCAGGAAUCCUUUCUACCCAGCAAUUUAACUAAGCUGCCCAGGCAUUUCGUGUGGAAUUUCGAAGAGCUGGUCGAGGGCACAAGAAACUUCUCCCAGUCUCUGCUGAUCGGGGAGGGUGGAUUUGGCUGUGUGUAUAAAGCGACCAUGCGGAACACUGAUUAUGCAGUCAAGCGGCUGAAGCAGGAUUCCGAGCUGGAGUGGAGUAUAAUGAAGAAGAGCUUCCUAACAGAGAUAGAGAAACUGACUUGCUUACGGCACCCAAAUAUAAUUGACCUGGCGGGGUACAGCAUCCAGGGGGAAGAAUAUUGCCUUAUUUAUCUUUAUCUGCCCAGUGGCUCCUUGGAAGACCACCUGCACCCUCAGGGCAGAUUUCCCAAACUCCCCAUGGAGCAGCGGAUCAGCAUCCUGCAGGGGGCAGCUUGCGGCCUUCAGUUCUUGCAUAACUAUCAGCCCGGCAUCAUCCACGGGGAUGUAAAGAGCUCCAAUAUUCUACUGGACCAGGCCUACAAACCUAAACUAGGUGACUUUGGGCUCGCUCGAUUCAGCCGAUACACAAGCAAUGCGGGCAAAAGUCGCACAUUGGCACGGACCAGCACAGUGAAGGGCACCCUGGCAUAUCUGCCUGAAGAGUAUGUGAAAAUGGGGAAACUGACGUUUGAACUGGACACCUACAGCUUUGGAGUUGUUCUACUGGAGAAUCUGACAGGGAGAAAAGCUAUAGAGAGUGACAGCAAGUCUCACACCAAGUACCUGAAGGAUCUGGUAAAGGAAGAAGAGUACAAAGAUGAGGAGGAGGAGGAAACACAUGGAGCCAGCAUUGCAAGUGGAGCAGAAGCCAAGCAAGCACGAGUGGCGGCUCGCAUAUGCCAGUAUCAUUUGGAUUUUUGGGUAUGGCAGCAUGCUAAAGAAGUAGCCCAGGAACUCUCACUACUGGCAUGUCGGUGCCUGGGACGUCAAAAGAAGAGACCAAAUAUGCAGGAGGUCUUUCUCACCCUAAAGCGACUACAAGAGCAACUCCACCGACCACAGUUGGGAAAGGGGCAUGGAAUUUCUUUUACACCCCCUUGUGUAUCCACUAAGCGAAGAUUUCCACCCAUUCCUGAGCUGACAUCCAGUGUAUACGAUUUACCUCUCACCCCUGAGGAGAACACUGACAAAUAUAUUCCCUGUGGGCUUUCAGUUAAAGGCAGUGUUCAAUCCUAUACCCCUGUCCAGCCCCAGUACCUGGCCAAAGUGGACAGUUUAUGCAGCUUGUUUUCCUGCCAAAGCCUCAAAGCAUUUCAGGGAGGUCAGAACACGCCAGUGGAGAGCGAUGAAAGCAUCCUGGAUUUAAGUGGCUCUGAUGAUUCAGCGGUACCAAGGGAGCAACAAAUUCUCUACCCCAACAGACUGCAAGCGAGCAUAUCACCUCUAUUGCCAAGGGUAUCUGACCAGGGUCCAAAUCCACCUGUUCAGUACCAGAACCAAUUUCCAGCUCAGCCAAAGCAGAGACAUUACUGCAAUGAACUCUCAGGAAGUAGCAGCUCAACGUCAGGGGCACCCCAAGCUAUCUUUGUGCCACAUCACCAGAUCGUCAUGAAUCCAGCCAAGCAGAGAUUCGUGGAGCAGCUGGCACUGUACGAUCAGGGGGAAAUAAACAGCCUCGAGCUUCUCUCCUCUGGAAUCAGUCCAGGGCAGCACCAGGAAAUCCAUAACCCCGAAGAGAGCGACGACUUUACCAGUUAAUAAAAUAGUCAUAAACAGUAAUUCCUUUUUUUUUUUUUUUGGGUGAAGUUCUCAGUAAGAAGCUGGCGCAGGAGACAUUAUUGGCUCUGUCGUGCUUCUGCAUAGACGGGGGGAAAAAAACUUUAAAACUUGUAGAUGUUCUCUGUAAGUGCCUAUGGGAUCCAACAAGAUUGUACCCAUGUUGGAGGAACAGUAUUACGGGCUGUCACAGCCUCCUGUAAUGUGGGCAGCAGUUCUGCUAAUGACCUUGAGCCAUGGAUUUGGAGCUGAGCACACAGACAGCCAAAACUUGUUUUAUUUUUGUCUCUUUUGUAUUUAUUGUCAUUUUUUUUGUUUUCUUAGUAAACUUUAUUUGGUACUUAGAAUUGCCCUUACUUGCCUGCUACUCCAUACAGCGAAUUCAUGUCACAGAGACUGGCAAACAAUGCUGACCCUUUCUUCCAGCUUUAAAGGUCAAGCUCUGUAACCUUCCAAGUGCUUAAGAAAGCAGGUGGCCUGUCUUCAUUGACAUCCUUCUAAAUGAAAAGGACACUUAAUGCUAAUGUAGAGCUUUACAGCGGCUGAGCAAACCUCUUUACUCUGCAUAUGUCUGCCAACAAUAAACCUCAUCAUAAUUAGACGAGGUUCCAUCAAAAAUGCCAGGACCUAUUUUGAAUCCCAGUCCGACUUGUUAGCCAGGGUCGGAUUGGGCCGGCGGGACACCGGGGAAAACCAGGUGGGCCUCGGCUCUUUUGGGCUCUGCCCUGCACUCUCUCUCCUUACCUCCCUCUCUGACCCUGGUCACGCUGACUCGCAGGAGGAAGGUGCAGUGGGGGUGGCGGCAGAGAGGACUUUGCAGCUGGGGGCCAGGGAGAUGGUUUGGGGGUGCCCUGAGGCUGAAGAUGUGUAACUAGAUAUUACUGCCUCCCCCGCAGCAAAUUAUUUUUCAGGCGCCCAAAAUGUCUAGAAGUUGCCUGUUUUACCAGUAUUUAUUGAAAAUGUAUAUGAAUUAGGGCCUAAUAGGGCCCCUAUACCUCCUGGGGCAGCCGCAUUGGUUAUAAAUCAUCACUAUUAAUGAGGGAACAUUUUGGUACAAGAAUAAAAUGUAUCAGCAGCCUCA